AUGAUUCUUACACUUCCCUCCUUUCUUGUACGGCGCAUAGUAAGAAAGGGUUCAUUACGGGAGUUAAAUGGAAUAAAGGAGAUUGCACUGACAGGAAAGAUAAUUAGAAGAACCAGAGGUACUGCUAUACUUUUCGACUCAUUUUCAGGCAUUUCAAUACAAACAAAUCAUCCUAUGCUGCAGAAGGAGAUAGACAAAAGCAUAGAAAAUAACUAUUCUGUCCAUGUUACUUGCGAUGUAGAAAGAAUUCCAAAGGCAAGGCUUCGUGUAAAAUCUGUUAGAAAGUGCACUUUCUAUGAAGAAAUGUACAGAACAAUUGAGGCAAUUGAAUUUUGGAAAAAGGUUCAGUUUCAAAAACAACCAAAGUAA